UGCAUAUGUGAGUGUGAGUAGGCGGUGCUUGUGAGCUGCAAAUGAUGCUUCUGCUCUUCGCUCUUAUGAGUCUCUUUGCAGGGACCGUGUCCCUUCCUCUUGCGCCAUUUCGAUUGCGUGUCGAAUACCUUGAAAACUCUAUUGCUAUUGACGUGGAAAAUCCUCGUUUUUCGUGGGCUCUUGACCACACCGAACGCGGACAGAAGCAAACAGCUUGCCGAGUUGUUGUCUAUCAUUCCAACAGAACUCAACCGCGAGAGCCAGGAGAGAUGUUCUGGGAUUCUGGAAAGGUGGCUACCAACAGGAGUACGAAUGCUGUGUAUGGAGGACCGAAGUUAACGAGAGUGACGCGCUACUUCUGGACUGUUACAUAUUGGGAUUCGUCUGGACAACAAUCACCAACCAGUGAGAUGGCCUACUUUCAAACCGGACUCAUGGCUGGAGACGAAGGCUGGGUGUUUGCAGACUGGCUGGAUGGAGAGAAAGGAAAUCAACUUCGAACGGAGUUUGCAGUUGACCAGCCAGUAGUAGCUGCUUUCCUGUACAUAAUCGGUCUCGGCUACUAUCAGGCGAAAAUUAACGGUCAACGGGUUGGCGACCACGUCUUGGGACCGUUCACAACGUUCGAAUACAGGCUGCUGUAUGAUGCUCAUGAUGUGACCGACUUAAUUCAUGUUGGUCAAAAUGCACUGUCAGUCACACUUGGACAUGGUUGGUAUGCUCAGCCUACUGUCAAUGUAGGAGGUCGAGCACUUCGCUGCAUUAUGUUUCUCAACUUUGAAGGUGGAGGAGGCUUUCCUGUAAAGACCGACACAGACUCAUGGAAGCAGACUGCUGGACCUAUUGUUGAAGAUGAUAUUUACGUCGGAGAAAUAUAUAACUCAACCAUGGCUACUCCAAGAUGGGAUAUGCCUAGUUAUGAUGACAGUCACUGGGCUAAUGCAACAGCAUUGAAGAACUCACCAACAGGAAAUCUGUCAGCACACAUGAUGCCUCAUGCAAAGAAAGUGAACACAUACACUGCUUUGUCCAUCUCUGAGCCUGCACCAGGCACUUUUGUGUAUGAUUUUGGACAAAACAUGGCUGGAUUUUGUACAUUACGUUUGGAUCAGUCAGGUCCUGCAGGCACAAACAUUACAUUGCUGCAUGCCGAGAUGAUGUUUGAAAAUGGAUUUGUUCAACAUCGCUAUCACAACUCUCCGGAACUGACCGUCUACAUCUUUGGUGGUGAUGAAUACUCCAUUGAGUUUGAACCUCGUUUUACCUAUUAUGGCUUUCGUUAUGUCCAAGUUACUGGCUUUCCCGGAACGCCUAAUUAUCUCUCAUUGGUGGCACAUUUCGUCCACACUGAUGUGAAUGAAGAGAGUAGUAUUGUAUUCAGUAAGGAUCACGACAUUCUCAAUGGAGUUCAACAUAUCACGCGAUUUGCUAGUCUUUCAAAUUUCAUAAGUAUCCCAACUGACUGUCCUCAGCGAGAACGUCGAGGUUGGUUGGGUGAUGCUCAGCUCUCUGCAGAGUUUACCAUCCAUAAUUUCGACAUGGCAUCAACCUACACAAAGUUUUUAAGAGACAUUCGUGACACUCAACUGUUUGUAGCGAAAGAAAAUAAAGGGGAUGGAGCAGUUCCUGAUUGUGUUCCAUGGUAUCAUCAUGGUGGACUACCAGCAGAUCCUGCAUGGGGUGUUGCUUACACACUUAUCACAUACUGGAUGUAUCAUUACUAUGAUGACCAUCAGAUUAUUGAACAACACUACGAGGGAGUAAAAGCCCAUCUCGACAACCUUCGAUCUCGUGUUGAUUCUAAAUCUGGUCUGCUUACAGCCAGUCGUUAUGGUGACUGGUGCUCUGUUGCAAAAGAAGGCACAGGGUGUGGUUAUGCUAGUCCUCUUGUUUCAUCAAGCUACUUCAUCCAACAACUGGAGUUAGUUGCGUGGUUUGCAGAAAUGCUCAAUAUGACUGCAGACUCUGAAAUGUACAAGAAGGAAGCAGACACUGCUAAGGAAAGCUUCAAUAAAGUGUUUUAUAAUCCUUCGACCAAAUCAUAUUCUGACGGCAGUAUCAGCGGGCAAACAACACAUUCCAUGCCGCUAGUUCUGGGACUAGUGCCCGAAGCGGAUGUGCAAGGUGUAGUUAACAACUUGGUGAAGUAUACCAACAGCAUAAAUGAUCACCUCAACACUGGUAUUGUUGGAACAAAAUUUUUGCUUCCUGCACUGACUGAUCAUGGCCAAUUUGAUCUUGCUCUCAAAGUUGCAUCACAGAAAACCGAACCAAGCUGGGGUUGGAUGGUGGUGCAGGGAGCAACGACACUCUGGGAAAGCUGGGUAGGGACUCAGUUCCAUGGAGUCAGUUCUCGCAAUCACAUCAUGUUUGGAGGGCAAGGUCCAUGGUAUUACCAGGCGAUUGCUGGUAUCAACAUGGUGGAAGGAACAAACGGAUAUCAACAUCUACGCAUUCAACCAAGACUCACUGCUAAUACAACACUGAUGGCUGUUGAUGCCACAUUGGGUUCAAUACGUGGUGAGAUCCGUUCUUCCUGGUCACAGAUGGGCAGCAUGAUUUGUGCCACUGCUGAUGAAAACAAGAACGCAAUACUAGUGUGUCCUCCUGGUGGUGUCAUUGAUCACAUCAAUUUUGCCUCAUUUGGUACACCCAACGGUUCAUGUGGUGACUUUCAGAUGUUCAACUGCAGCUCAAAUAACUCUGUCGCUACAGUAAUGAAGGACUGUAUGGGCAAGUCUCAGUGUACAAUUACAGCUACAAAUGACCACUUUGGAGGGGAUCCUUGCACUGAUGUAUUGAAACAUCUUGUUGUUCAAGCUUCAUGUAAGGGAGGAGCAAUGUUCUCGCAAGAAGUUACAAUACCAGUCAAUAGUGAUGCUGAGAUCCAUGUACCAACUCUUGGUAAUGAUCCUAGUGUAGUAACCAUCACUGAGAUGGGGCAUACCAUUUGGAAGGAAGGCCAUUUUACUGCUGAAGCGGGUAUUGGUUCUGCCAAAGCAGGUGAAGGAGAAGUAGUGUUCCAGGCUGGCUCUGGGACAUAUGUGUUUGUGCUGUCCAUGUAAGACUGUUCUGUUGUUUUGUCUACUUGUUGCUGAUCACUAGAAGUCUCGUUUUCAUUGACAAAGACAACACAUUGUUUGGAUAUAUCAUUUUUGUUUUCAUGCCUAGUUCUGUGAAACAUUUAAACAGUCAUUGGAAAAUAUAGUGGUCGUUAACUUUGAUCCAAA